UUGUACCCAAACCCAUCUUUGACUUCAAAAUUAAAUAAAAAUAAUCAUCGGAUAAUGCAUAGUGGGAAGAGACCUCUUUCACCAGAAUCAAUGGCCGGAAAUAGAGAAGAGAAAGAAGAAGCGUUGUGUAGUUGCUCAACUUUGUCGGAGUCUGAUGUGUCUGCUUUUGUCUCUGAACUCACUGAUCAACCCAUCCCACCAUCCAUGGGUCAAUCGUCUUCUCAUACUCUUCAAGAACAAAGUAACUCGAGACAACGAAACUACAGAGGUGUGAGGCAAAGACCGUGGGGAAAAUGGGCGGCCGAGAUUCGUGACCCGAACAAGGCAGCUCGUGUGUGGCUUGGGACGUUUGACACUGCAGAAGAAGCCGCCUUAGCUUAUGAUAAAGCUGCAUUUGAGUUUAGAGGUCACAAGGCCAAGCUUAAUUUCCCCGAGAACAUUCGUAUCAACUCUACUCAACUUAUCUAUCCAUCAACUGCUACGUCCCAUGCUAGCAUUAUCGUGACGCCACCUCCAGCUAUUGCUCCUGACAUGCUUCUCGAUCAAUAUGGCCAAUUUCAAUCUAGAAAUAGCGAUUAUGGUGCCAACUUAUCAUUGACUAUGUCGUCUUCUACGUCGUCAUCUCUGAACCAUCAAGGAGAUAGACAAAAUUUGGAGGAUGAUGAAACCGUGAAGAAUAUUAGUAUCCACAAACGAAGAAAAUAGCAUAUUAAUGGCAUUAUAUGCCUCUCCGUCCAAGUUAUAUCAAACGCAUUAACCGUUGAUGUAAUCCGACGGCUUUGAUCCUCUAAGCCACUACUUAAUCUCUUUACGACUUCCUUUGGUAGUCUUUAAAGAGUCUAUGGAGUGCAUAUAGCUAGGAUUCAGGCCUUAUGGAUGCAAAAUAAUCUUUAGCACCCUGAAUAUGCAAGAAGGGAUGAAGAAGACUUGGAGAUAAAAGAAAGAUAUGUCUUGGACAACGUCCUGAUCGGUCAAGUCGACCAACGGAUAGACCGCCUGGAUAUAUAUGUUAUGUAAGUAUACACAUGAGUAUUUUUGUUUAUAUUACGUAUGAAAUAUAUAAAAUUAUUCAAAAAUAUUGAGAGUUACACAUGAGUGUGUUCGAGUUUCCAUAACAUAAGACAUACAUUUUAAAAAUGUAUACUUAUAAACUGCAUUUACAUCUAAGUCUUAUCCUCACCUCAAGUGCACAUAUAAUUUUUAAUGGGUUGUAAACAAUGAAAGUUGCUGGUAAUAAAGAAAUAAAUAUUUGUGGAAGUUUCCAUGGUUGAGUGGUUUGAUCAAAAGUUUUUUAAUUAAUAUUUCUACAAUAGAUAUGAGGUUCGAGUCAUAAUGAACACAAUUUCUUGUACUUAGUGGUUAUAGUAUUGCUUUCAUACGGCAUCAUGAGUCACUGGUUCAAAUCACUAAUAGUGCAAAGUUUAUCGGAAGGUCUAGAGUAUCG